AUGCCUACGGAUUUGAAACUUCCAAUCAUCGAUCUUUCUUCGCCGGAAAAGAUCUCUACUUCACGUUUGAUUCGACAGGCUUGCUUGGAUCAUGGAUUCUUCUAUCUCACGAAUCAUGGCGUUUCCGAAGAGUUGAUGGAAAGAGUGUUCACGGAGAGCAAGAACCUCUUCUCUCUUCCUCUUGAUGAUAAGAUCGUGAUGUCUGGCCGUGGUUUGCGAGGUUACUCACCUUUACACGACGAGAACUUCUCCACGGCCACCAAAGGUGAUUCCAAGGAGAUGUUCACUUUUGGAUCUUCAGAAGGAGUUUUGAGUCAGCUUUACCCUAACAGGUGGCCUUCUCAAGAGCUUUUGCCGCUUUGGAGACCAACCAUGGAAAGCUACUACAAAAAUGUCGUGGAUGCUGGCAGGAAACUGCUUGGCUUAGUGGCUUUGGCAUUGAAUUUGGAGGAGAACUUUUUUGAACGAGUGGGAGCCUUCAAUGAUCAAGCACCUGUUGUUCGCCUCUUACGUUAUUCAGGGGAGUUGAAUUCAGAUGGAAAAGAAACUUGUGGGGCAUCUCCUCAUUCAGAUUUUGGAAUGAUAACACUUCUUGCAACAGAUGGAGUGCCUGGGCUUCAAGUUUGUAGGGACAAAGAUAAAGAACCAAACGUUUGGGAAGAUGUCCCUGGAAUUAAAGGUGCUUUUGUUGUCAACAUCGGUGACCUUAUGGAGAGAUGGACGAAUGGGCUUUUCCGAUCAACAAUGCAUAGAGUGUUGUCAGUGGGAAAAGAACGUUACUCGGUGGCUGUGUUUCUGGAUCCUGACCCAAACUGUGUUGUCGAGUGUUUGGAGAGUUGUUGUAGUGACACAUCUCCUCCCAGAUUUCCACCGGUUCGGACCAGAGAUUACUUCCACGACCGAUUCAGUCAAUCCCUCACCUCAUAUUCCUCCACUUCCAGCUAA